AUGGCCGGAAGCACGACCUGCAUUCUGCGUCCAAAUGGCAACGUCGGCCAGACGGCGAUUGCCAUGACAGACGACAGGACCCUCGACCUUCUCUUCGCCCACCUCGACGGCAACAAGGACAACCGUGUGUGCGUCGACGACGUGGCCGGCGCAGUGCGCGGCCUCCCGCUGGCGACGGCGUGGCAGCUCAUCACCGAGAUGGACAGCACGGGCGACGGCUUCGUGCCGCGCGACCAGUUUUGCAGCGUGCUGUCGAGCCUGGUCGCCAACGACGCGACGAUCAUGCCGGAUGCGUUCAGCUGGGUUGGCAUCUACAAGAACUUUGAGCGCCGCCCGCCAUCGCCACGCACAGACACGGCAUUGAACGCGGUGACGGAGCCGACAAGCGUGCGCGCGCCGACGGUGGACAAGCACGCAGAGCUCGCCCGCGAGAUCUCGCGCCGCCGAUUGAGCAAAAAGGACAGUGCGUCCGAAGAGUCGCCGAUGAGCAGUCCGACGGCGUCGCGUCACUCGAUGUCGUCGAUUGAAGACGCACCGCGUACGAGCUUGUCCAAGUCGUUCAUGUGGCCGCCGCCGGCGUCCGCACCGGUGCCGCGCCGCCGGUCGUUGGUCAAAUCGGCCUCGGACAGCAGCUUUCCAACCCACUUGGGCGCCGACACGCUCGUGUCGGUCCCAACGUACGGCGCAUCCAAGAACGUGUCGCUCGUCGUCGCCAAGCGCAGUACGUCGACGAGUCCGCGCGCGCGGUCGGCCGUCUCGGUGGCGUCGCUCCAAGCCCAAGUGCUCGAGACGCUCGACGCGAUCCGCGUCGCGUGCAACAGCUGGACCGACGCCGAUGCGGGUACCGCCACCAAAGUGCACUUGCUCUUGCGCCACGUGGACACGAUGCUGUCGCUCAAGACGUUGCCGGCGCAUAUUGGCGCGGCGCUCCGCGGCUUUGACAAGUCGGCGCUCGCGAGCGUCGGCAACCGGCAGCACGCGACCGUCUCGAUCCAGCAGGUGCAGCAAGCGACCAAGAUCCGCGCCUUCCGCAAGCAAGUGCUUCGCCAAGUCGACCCGAAUGUACCCGACCACGUGGCGACGCUCACAGAGCUUUUCCCGGAUUUGCUGCCCGAUACGAUCGCGCAAAUGUAUGGCGCGUGCGCGCAGGACCUCCAGAGCUGCUUUGAGGUGCUCUCGGGUCUCUCGGAUUACACGGUGCUCGAGAAGCAGCUCUCGCCCAAGCAAGCCACCUUUGGCAAGCCAGCAUGCUUUAGCGACUCGGAGAGCGACGACGACCCGCUUCUGUCGCCCUCGUCGUCCAACAUGGAGUCUGUGCUGGCGCCCAUGCAGACCAACACGUUCUUUGCCGUGCCAGCGACACCGGCGCCAACAGCAGCCCACAAGACGCAAAUGACGGACGCGCUCAAGGACUCGCUUGUGGCCGCGAUGGUGCGCUUUGAAUCCAGCCAGGACUUUGAGGGCAUUAUGAACGGCUUUGAGACAGUCGUGCAGGGUCUCUCGAUCGACACGUCGCGUCGGCGUGACAUUGCCAUCUACCCGCUUAUCAAGCACGGCCUCAAGCGGCUCCUCACGUUUCGCCAAAGCCGCAUUUUUGAGAUCCUCGACGCCAAGCAAAAGUCCCACGCGCUCUACAAGAGCCACGCAGCAUCGGCGCGGCGUGUGUGCAUUGUGGGCGCCGGGCCUGUCGGCUUGCGCACGGCGAUCGAGCUCGCGCUCCUCGGCGCGCAAGUCGUCGUCCUCGAGAAGCGGCCGUCGUUUACGCGGGAAAACAUUCUGCACCUCUUUCCGUGGGUCGUCCACGACCUCACGAGCCUCGGCGCCAAGGCCUUUUACAGCCAAUUUUGCACCUCGUCCGUGUACUUUCAUGUGGGCACGCGCCAGCUGCAGUGCAUUUUGCUCAAGGUCGCCCUCCUCCUCGGCGUCACUGUCGUUGGCAACACGAGCUUUGAUGGCGUCACGGCGACCGACGACGGCUACUGCGUGAACGCGACACCGGCGCUGCCGUUGCAUCUGCAGCACGUGUCCGCGGUCGUCGGCGCCGGCGGCAUGUACGACACGGUCGGCGCGCUCGCCAACAUUCAGCGCAUUGCGUUUUCACCGAGCCCGGCGUACGGCGUCUUGGGCUACGUGGCCAACACGCGCACUCGCGAGGAGAGCCAAGUGUCGGAGUUUUCGUGGGGGUACCAGUACAACCAGAAAAUGUUUGGGGAGCUCAAGGAGCGCGGUCUCGAUUUGGAGAACGCGGUCUACUACCGCGGCGAAGUUCACUACGUCGUCAUGACGCCCAAGGCCAAGAACUUGCUCGAACAAGGCGUGCUGAAGCGGUCCAACCACUCGCCACUCGUGCAUCCCGACAACAUUGACGCGACGAAGCUCCGGGCAUUUGUGACCAAAGCCUUUGAGUUUUUCAAGAUCCCGAUGCAAGGCCCGCUUGAAGGCGCCAACGUCUUUGACUUUAGCCGCACGCUGCGGGCGGAAAAGGCGUCCGACGUGCUUACAAACGGUGCCGCCAAGCUCUACGUCGCGCUUGUCGGCGAUGCGCUCAUGGAGCCCUUCUGGCCGCAAGGGCUGGGCAUCAACCGCGGCUUUCUCUCAGCCCUGGAUACAGCGUACGCGAUCACGCAGCUCGACACCAAAGACGACGCACUGCUCUUGGCCGAGCGAGAGAGUCAUUACAAGCGGUCGGCCGCGCUCCAGCUCGACAGCAACAUUCAAAAGUACACGAUCGAGCCGACGUCGCGCUACGGCCCGCUCUAGUCACCUCAUCGAUUCGAUAGUAGAAGAGUUGGAGUGCAGUUAGUAGUUAGUAGAAUUGUAGAUAGUAGAAUUGUAGAGAGUGCCAUGUUCACUCGUAGAAGGAAGAGUCCUAAGCUUCAAUUAAUUAAGGUUCCAAGUGGCAUGGGUUCUACCGAAGC